UCCACCGACCAAGCAACAGAUUCUUCGCGAGCGCUCAACCGGAGUACGUACAGUGACCACCAACUAUGGCCUGGGGAUUUGCUAUUUAGGAUUCGAAGGUUACACGAUGUCCAAAAAUGGGAGCCUCAGUUCCUUCUGGUUGCCGGCCAAUCAAAAUGUGGUGUCAAUGUUCAACUUCUUCCGACGUCAUUAGCGACUGGGUUUCUUCCAUGUCGCCUCAUACCGAAAGCCCUCGAUGUUCGGCAGUACCGUCAGAAGGGGCACACGCCGUUCGCGAUUGGCGACACGAAACAGCGCUGUCCAUGCCCGGCCUCGCCAGGACACCUUGCCCCGCCACGACACCUCGUCUUGCGCUUUCCUCCGAGGGACAUGCGAAUCGAACACGACCCCACAUCACCAACAGCGACCAGCAUUUGCAGUCUUCCGCCGGGGCUCAUCAGACUGCGCACGUCGCGUUUUACGACGAGAAACGUCAACCAGGGCGUCAAGCAAGAACAGCGAGAGCGGAAAUCAGACGCAGUGCUUCUGGUUACAACUUGAACGGAUGCGCCAUGAGCGCCGUGGACGACGCGACAGAGUGGGAAGACUCCACCGAAGCUAGCGAGACUUUUGUGGAACGUCUUCGGUUUGUCCGCCGCGUGGAUUUGGGUGGUACGGCAGCCGGUCGUUCUCUGAUCAGGAUCAUGUUGGAGCAGUCUAGGGUUGGCAUCAGAGACAAAGGGGCAGACGCAUGCGCGGCAUAGAGAGGAAGGGCCUCAACGCAGUUAAGUGAUGAAAAUUUAAGUGGACGUGGCUUU